UCAUCGCCUUUUUUUCAAUUCCCGGCCAUAUAUACAUACUAAGUACUACACUACAGUGGAGUACUAUAUAAGCUCAGCACUGCAGCUCCCUGCCUCCAACAUCUCUCUCUCUCUCCAAACAUCCCCUUACUCUCUGUGUGGUCGUCGGCAAUAAUGGCAAGAAGCCGGCCGGGCAUUCUGCUCUCCGUGGCGGCCCUCGCCGUUGCGGCGGUGGCGGCACUGGCGCCGGCGCCGGUGGCCGCGACAAAGUACAACAUCACCAAGAUUCUGGCACCGUACAAGGAGUACUCCAAGUUCAACGAGAUGCUGUCCAAGACGCGGCUGGCGUACGACAUCAACCGGCGGCAGACCAUCACCGUGCUGGCCGUCGACAACUCUGCCAUGUCGGCGCUCGACCACUACUCGCUGCAGACGAUCCGGCACAUCCUGUCGCUGCACGUCCUCGUCGACUACUACGGGGAUAAGAAGCUCAAGAAGCUUGCCCACGGCGCCACCGCCUCCUCCUCCAUGUUCCAGGCUACCGGGUCGGCGUCCGGCAUGUCGGGGUACGUGAACAUCACCCGAAAAGACGGCAAGGUGAGUUUCAUGACGGAGGACGCCGACGACACGGCGAAGCCGUCCCGGUACGUCAAGUCCGUGAAGGAGUACCCCUACGACAUCGCGGUGCUCCAGGUGAGCUCCAUCAUCUCGUCGGCGGAGGCGGAGGCGCCCGUCCCGGCCCCGGCGCCCGUGGACCUGGUGGAGCUCCUCUCCAAGCGCUACUGCAAGUCGUUCGCGUCCCUGCUCUCCGCCGACGCCGAGGCGUUCCGCGCCGCCAACGAGAGCAAGGACAACGGCCUCACGCUCUUCUGCCCCGUGGACUCGGCCGUCGCGUCGUUCGCGGCCACCUACAAGAACCUGACGGCCAAGGCCAAGACGGCCAUCCUCCUCUACCACGCCGUGCCGGACUACUUCUCGCUGCAGCUGCUCAAGUCCAACAACGGCAUGGUCACCACGCUCGCCACCGCCAGCGAGAAGAAGAUGGACUACAGCUACGACGUCAAGAACAAGGACGAGACGGUCACGCUGCAGACCAGGGUCGUCACGUCCAGCGUCACCGCCACCGUCGGCGACAUGGAGCCGCUGGCAGUCUACGCCGUCGACAAGUUCCUGCAGCCCAAGGAGCUGUUCAAGGUCGUCGAGGCGCCCGCGCCGGCGCCGGAGCCGUCGUCCAAGAAGAAGAAGGCCGGUCGCGGCGGGGGUGACGACGACGACGAUUCCUCCGACGAUUCCACGGCCGAUGCGGAAAAGGGCGACGCCGCACCGGCUCUGCUCGCGCGAUGGGUAGUCACCGCGGCCGCCGCGGCGGUAGCUGCAUAUGCGUUGAUCUGAUGGGCUAAACCUCUAUAUAUAUCAGUCACCUGAAUUAUAUAUAUCCGGCCUUUGAUUUCAUUUUAUUAUUAUUAUGUUUUCUUUCUUUCAGUGUUAAAUUUGUUUUAGUUAUUAAUGGUGCUCAAUCGGUUAAGGUAAACUAUAAGAGUUUAUUUAAGUGCUUUGCUUUGCUCUACUCCCUGUCGUACCUGUAGGAAAAAAAUAUAUAGUCGAGCAGUUUACAGUGUCAUUUAUAGUUUUUAUUUUUUAGUUUUGGUCACUUGGUUUGAUACCAAUGUAAUUAAUUUGUAAUUUGUGGUUUCUCAACGCGUAAGAAUUCACUCCCGGGCCGCAUAUGCCA